AUGUGUCGCAAUAUAGUCGUCAUGUUGGCUUUCUUCGUGCUGUGCGCAGUUCCCGUAUUAUCGACAUUCAACAACACCGUUCCGUUGUCAUUGGAACGCCCGAAGCGAUUUUUAAGCUUCCCAGUGAACGGUGGCUUAGCGAAGAUAGUGCUUGGGUUUCUGGCGCCGGUCCAUUUUCAUCAUUCCCUCAAGCGCAGCCUCAACUGUGGUGUAAACUUGCAAGCCAACUAUAUGAUCACUCCGAACGUUGUCUUCCCUCGACCGGAAUCAGUUUUCCAGAACCGCCGGUAUGCCGAUCCGUCCAGUCGGAAGCAGUUGUACAGUGCCCUGGAGAAGGUGCUGCGGGUGUCGUUUGGGGCAGGGGACCGUGCGCGAGAGUGUCUGCUGCGAACGGUGUGCGAGGUCGCGGACACCCCCCUCAAGCAUAACGGCCUGGUGGGAGAGCUGUUGGAUGUUAUAUUUACACCUCAACGAACGGAUACACUUUCCCCGAAGUUCCUGAAGGCACGCCGGUACGGUGCCAACGGCGUCGAUUGCUCCAGGCUUUACUCUAGAUGCCCGUGGGGUAUGGCGUUGCUCGAUCGUGUAUCCGCUUUGUCACUAUAG